AUGUACGAAGGCACCAGCGAUCCAGACAACCACGUUGCUCAGUACAAGCAGCGGAUGCUGGCUGUAGCAAUCCCUAGAGAAGCAAGGCAAGCUACUAUGUUCAAGAAAUUUGGAUCAACCCUGAACGGUCGUGCUCUUCAAUGGUAUAUCAACCUCCCCACUAAGUCCAUCAGGUCUUUUGCAGCCUUUAGCGACAAGUUUGUGGAGCAAAUCGCCAGUAGCCGUAAUUUGGAGAGAAACUCGGACGACCUUUACGAGAUUCUCCAGCAUAGGACCGAACUAUUUCGGUCUGGAUCAAAGGCAUCUCAUGAUCUUUGCUCAUCUCAACAAUCUGAAAUUCGGGUAUGCUGGGAUUCGCGAAGAGCAGCACCUUACGAUGUUCAUGACCAAUCGGAUCCUGACGUACCAGUAGGUACCAGAGGAGAUCGCUAUGAUCGUUACUGUAUCCGUAUCGAAGAGAUCCGACAAUGUCUUCGGAUCAUUGUGCAAUAUCUUAAUCAAAUGCCUAGUGGCAUGAUCAAAGCCGAUGAUCGUAAGCUAUGUCCUCCAUCACGAUGUCGAAUGAAACUAUCCAUGGAAUCGUGCAUUCACCAUUUCGAACUUUAUACAGAAGGUUUUUCCGCACCAGCUUCUUCUACCUAUACCGCAGUUGAAGCACCUAAAGGAGAAUUUGGUGUUUUUCUGGUCAGUAAUGGAAGCAAUCGUCCCUACCAUCGUAAAAUAAGAGAACCCGGCUCUGCCCAUUCACAAGGACACGAUUCUAUGUCCAAACAUCACAUGCCAGCAGAUGUGGUCACCAUCAUAGGUACUCAAGAUAUUGUGUUUGGAGAGGUGGAUAGAUAGGACGACUAGUUGCCAGGACCUUAGCUUUAUUGCGAGCCCAGAAGUCUCUCUUUUUUUCGGCCUUCAGGAACAGCCUUUAAGUAAAAUCCAACCUAAUAUCAUUCAUAUCCUUCUACAUAGAAGAAAGACACUCUAAGAUCCUUUUUCAAACCUGCUCCCAUUUAGAGUCAAGAGAUAGAUAAAUAGAC